CUGACGCGUCCAUGGCGCGCAAGUACGGAAAGGGGCUGCAGCACUACCUGCUCACCUUGGCCUCCAUCGCCUCGCGGCUCUACGCGCACGCCAGUCUGGAGAACCACGUGCGGCUGGCCGUUGUGAAGGUGGUGGUUCUAGGCGAGAAGGAGAAGGGACUGGAGGUCAACCGCAACGCUGCCACCACCCUCAAGAACUUCUGCAAGUGGCAGCACCAGCACAACCGCCUCGACGAUGAUCACGAUGAGCACUACGACGCCGCCAUCCUCUUCACCCGCGAGGAUUUAUGUGGGCAUCAUUCAUGUGAUACUCUGGGAAUGGCAGACGUUGGGACCAUAUGCUCUCCUGAGCGCAGCUGUGCAGUGAUUGAAGAUGACGGCCUCCAUGCAGCUUUUACAGUGGCUCACGAAAUUGGGCAUUUGCUUGGGCUUUCCCAUGACGACUCCAAAUUUUGUGAGGAGAACUUUGGCUCCAUGGAAGAUAAACGCCUCAUGUCCUCCAUCCUGACUAGCAUUGAUGCUUCCAAGCCUUGGUCCAAAUGCACAUCAGCAACUAUAACAGAAUUUUUUGAUGAUGGUCAUGGUAACUGUUUGCUGGACCAACCAAGAAAGCAGAUCCUGGGCCCCGAGGAGCUUCCAGGACAAACCUAUGAUGCCAUUCGUCAGUGCAAAUUGGCAUUUGGACCUGAAUAUACAGUGUGUCCCGGGAUGGAUGUGUGCUCUCGCUUGUGGUGUGCAGUUGUUCGUCAAGGUCAAAUGGUGUGUCUGACUAAGAAGCUGCCUGCUGUGGAAGGAACACCAUGUGGAAAAGGGAGGAUCUGUCUCCAGGGAAAAUGUGUUGACAAAACCAAGAAGAAAUACUACUCGGCAUCAAGCCAUGGUAACUGGGGGUCAUGGGGACCCUGGGGACAGUGUUCCCGUACAUGUGGUGGAGGCGUUCAGUUUGCUUAUCGUCACUGCAAUAACCCAGCUCCUAGAAACAAUGGCCGGUACUGCACUGGCAAGAGGGCCAUCUAUCGAUCUUGCAAUGUCACACCUUGCCCAGCAAAUGCUAAAUCUUUUCGACAAGAGCAGUGUGAAGCGAGGAAUGGUUAUCAGUCUGAUGCAAAGGGUGUCAAAACUUUUGUUGAAUGGGUCCCCAAGUAUGCUGGAGUGCUUCCUGGAGAUGUUUGCAAGCUCACCUGCCGAGCCAAAGGAACGGGCUAUUAUGUGGUAUUUUCCCAAAAGGUGACUGACGGUACAGAAUGUCGGCCAUACAGUAAUUCAGUCUGUGUCCGGGGAAAAUGCAUUCGAACUGGUUGUGAUGGCAUCAUUGGUUCAAAACUCCAGUAUGAUAAAUGCGGGGUAUGUGGAGGAGACAAUUCAAGCUGCACAAAAGUCAUGGGAACCUUCACCAAAAAGAGUAAGGGCUACACAGAUAUAGUGAAAAUCCCAGAAGGAGCAACUCACAUCAAAGUUCGUCAAUUCAAGACUAAGGACCAGAGCAGGUUUACUGCCUACCUGGCCCUGAAAAAGAAAAACGGUGAGUACCUUGUCAAUGGAAAAUAUAUGAUCUCCACUUCAGAAACAAUCAUCGAUAUCAAUGGAACUGUCAUGAACUAUAGUGGCUGGAGUCACAAAGAUGAUUUCUUGCAUGCAAUGGGACACUCUGCCACAAAGGAGGUUCUUAUAGUGCAGAUACUUGCAACUGACCCAACUCAACCAGUGGACGUCCGUUACAGUUUCUUUGUGCCAAAGAAGCAAGGGCAAAUGACUAACUCUGUCACUGGCAGUGGCAGCAGCAGCAAAGUAACUCCACAGCUCACACAACCCCGGUGGGUGACGGGGCCGUGGCUUUCUUGUUCUCGAACAUGUGACACGGGAUGGCACACCAGAACUGUCCAGUGCAAAGACGGGCAUGGAAAACUAGCUAAAGGAUGUCUUCUCUCUCAGAGACCAUCAGCAUUUAAACAAUGCUUGUUGAAAAAAUGUUAACCUGUGGUUGUGAUCUUCUUUAAAAGAGGUUUGAUGAAGCCAUUGUUGACAUACUGGUAUUAGGUCUGCCCAGACAGAGAGAAGCAAAGGCUUCAGUGAAUUUACAUAAAGUCUCAAAUUAUGGGCAGAAUCUGCCUAUUUGGACCAAAUGAAGAUAUGCACUGCUUUGAAAAUAGUAGGGUGAUCUUGAUCUGUUUAAAAAAAAA